AUGCCUGAGCGAGAAUACGCUCUCGCCCGUGUCAGCAUCUGCCGCCCCAGGCUCAUUCCAGCUGGUACCACGACCAAAGAUAUCGAGUGGGAGUCUAGUGACGCCCACUGCACCCUAUCAGCUACCCCGUGGCCAGACGGCUCCUUACUACACUUUGAUAUCAAGGCAAGCUCUACACCUCUGGUGUGUUGUAAUUUUCUGCCACUCGUCGCUUUGCCAUCGCGAGCCGUCCGACGCAUCACCUUCAUGGAGACGCAAGCGGCUUUCAGAUAUGACAGGCCUGCAGGAUCGCCUCAGCCGCCCGGAACAAUAGUCUUCAAUCAACCAGCAGACCUCACCGCCCUUCUCGAGGGACUUGAGCCCUUCUUCUUGAUCUCAUCUAGUAUCAAGCCUGUCAUCCCCUCAGUCCAAGCAGUCCAACCCGGGACGCUUGCUCCAGAUUCUGCGCCCACGAGUCCGUAUAUGAUCAAGAAGGAGCCCGUGUCUGAACCCGAAGAGUCUGCUCUCGACUAUCAUUCUUGGAUCAAGAGGGAGCCUGUGCUUGAGUGGGAAGAGUCUACACCCCAAAGCUAUUCUCGGGUCAAGAGAGAGCCUGAAGCGAAAUGCAAAAGCAAGGAGCUAGACGAAGAAGAGGUCUCAUCAAACGUCACGAAAGAGAACCUGUCUCCCCCCAUCUCACCCAAUGACGCACAGUCAGACUACGUGCCGCCUUCUCAUUCAGCGGUGCUCCCCCAAGCGGGCAGCUUCGAGGCGGAUGAGCGACGAGAGCUGUUUAUUGGAGGUCUUAACAAGGAGCAUACCACUGCCGAAAUUCUACAGGUAUCCUUGGAACAAUAUGGAGUGGUGGAAGAGAGCGUCUUGCCCGACACAUCUGAAGGCUGCCAGGGAGGGCUCGCUUUCGUGACGUUCUCCACCGCUGAAAGCGCAAGGAAAGUGAUACUCGAACACUUUGUUGUCGAUGGCGUAAGGCUGACUGUCGAAUACAUCAUCCCCUACAAGGUGAAAGGCAAGACGAAGAAGCUGCGCUUCAGCGACUUUGAUUGGGAAAUGCCGACCUCCACGUUUGUCGACUACAGUGAGACCGACCAGCCGGGUCGAAAGGUCAGAGUGGAAGUACCGAAGGAAUAUAAGAAACGCAAGGCCUCUUCCUACUGGCUUUCUAUCAUCAUGCAGACGCUCCCGAGGACAAGGUAA